AUGACCGGAAGCCCUCUAAGAUUCGAUGGACGCGUCGCCAUCGUGACCGGUUCAGGUCGAGGCCUAGGUCGCGAAUAUGCCCUCCUUCUCAGCCGUCUCGGUGCCUCCUUGGUGAUAAACAGCACCACUUCUUCGACCGCAGAGGCGACUGCCAAGGAAAUCACUGAUGCUGGUGGCAAGGCCGUCGUUCAUAUUGGUAGCGUCGCAGACCGUGAGGUUGCCGACGGAAUCGUCAAAGUUGCCAUCGACAACUUCGGACGCGUCGAUAUCGUUAUCAACAACGCCGGUGGAGCCGAUGGCGGUGACUUUGACCAGACUUCUGACGAUAAACUCUGGAGCAUGCUUGGGGUUCACGUGGGAGGCUCCUGGAACGUCACUCAGGCAGCUUGGCCACACAUGAAGAGUCAAAAGUUUGGUCGCGUUGUCAUGAUCGCAUCGCCCGUCAUGUUUGGCAGCGCUCAACAGUCAACCUACGGAGCUGCCAAGUUGGCCCUUAUGGGGUUGGCCAAGUCUAUCGCCAUCGAGGGCAAGGAACACAAUAUUCUGGUCAAUACGGUUGCUCCCAUGGCCUACACGCCUGGGUCUGCUGCCUUUGUUACGGAUGAGCAGACGCAGGCCUUUAUGGAGGCCAGCAUGCCCGCCAGCGAUGUGGCUACCACGGUGGCGUGGUUGGCUCACGAGAGCUCCGAGGUCAACGGUGAGACCGUCGCAGCGGUUAACAGGCUUAUUACUCGCAUCUUUCUGGCUGAGAGUAAGGGCUACUUUGGACCCGCGGACCAGGAUUGGACUGUUGAGUCUGUGAGGGACAACUGGCAGAAGGUGAUGGAUGUGACGGAGUUUGCUGUCCCUACUGAUAUGGCGGAAUUUGGUCCCAAGAUCUUUCAGCGACUUGCUACGCACCAGUGA